AUUAAUUUGAUGUACAAGCUCGAAUUUUUGUGUCUUUAAUUGAUUUAAAAAUGCCACAAUCAUCAUGUGCUGCAUCGAAAACUCAAAUUAAAAAUACUAAUCAAAAAAAAGUAAAUAAAUUAACACAAAAUGUUGAUAAAAAAUUAUCGAAUAAUAUCAAUCAACGUGUGCCAAUUACACCAUCAAAAAAACAAGGAUUAAUAAACUAUCGUAUAAAUGGAAAGCAAAUAUUUAAAUGUCCAAAUAAAAAUGAAAAAAUUCAUGAUAAUCUUAAACCUUGUUCAACAUUUUCUUCAGCUUGUCGUAAAAGUCAAUCAUUAGUUAAUUUAUCACCGCAAAAAAUUGAUCAAAGAUCAGAGGAUGCAACAAGUUUGAUGGAAAUUGAUCAAUUGAUGGAUAAAAAAAUUGUUAAAAUAAAUGAUGAUAAAAAUGCUGCUGGUAUUGUUUCACAUGCACUUGUUGUUAAUGCAUGGAGACGAAGACGUCAAGAAGCUGUUGAAUUAAAUAAUACAAUUGUUAAACUUAGCCAACAAGUUGAUCAUUUACAAUUACAAAUUAUUGUGCUAAGACGACUUCUUGAAAAUGAAAAUAAUCGUAUUGGUAAAAUUAAUUUCGAUGUUCAUCAUACUAAACAACAACUUGAAUUAAUAACUAAAGAAAAAGACAUUGUUAUUCAAGAAAAAAAAAAAUUAGAAAAUGAUAUUGAUAAUUUGCAUAAACAAUAUCAUGAAAAAGAUGUUUAUAUGGAAAAUUUAAAAAAUGAAUUAUUUACUGUUAAAAGUCAGCUUGAUGAUGUUGAUAACCAGGUGACAAAAGAACGUGAGAAAUUACACAAAUUACAGGAUGAUAAAAAAAAUUUAUUGGAAAAGAUAGCAACAAGUGAAUUGCUAUCGAAAGAAUAUGAAGAAAAAAUUGAAGGCUUGAAUAAAAUAAUUGAUGAGAUGAAAGAGAAAUUAGAUAAUCAAAUGAAAAUUAUUGAUAAUAAUCAAGAUGAAAAACAAAAAUUAUCAAGAGAAUUGAAAGUAUUACAAAUUGAUAAAACAAAAUUAGAAAAUGAUUUUUCAACGAGUGAAAAAAUUGGAAAAGCUUUGAGUCUGCGUGCUGAUAAUUUAGAAGUUCAACUGGCUGAUCGUGAAGCUGCACUUAGAAGAAUCGAAACAGCAUUUAAUUUACAACUAAUUGAAAUUAAUGAUUUUCGAGAACGUUUAUCACGUCAAAGCCAAGAAAGUAGAUGGAGCAGCAAAGUUUUACAAAUUGCUGGAAGUGUUGUUUGGGCACCACGUGCCAUCUUCAGAACUUUAUCAUUUUUAUCACCCGGUGGGUUAUCACCAAAUCCAUAAAAUUCAUUAUACAUUGAAUAUAUUACUUAAUUUAAAU